UUUGGAACCAGAAAAAACCAGUUUGGAAGAUUCUACGUUCGAAGGGGUAGGUUAAUCGCCAUAAAGCUGGUUCAUCUGCACGGUAGCGUGACUUGCAACAUAACCAACGUCAACUCGCCUUUGUCUAACUGGGGCUGUGGGAGCACCGGGGUUAACGUGGUGGUUACAACCUCGCGCAAUACUAUACUACUACCACCAAGAGAGUUCCUCAGUAAAGACAAGUUCCGCGCCUGGCUGAAAUGGUCAGUGAUUCCCGGAUAUAAUUCCUUUUCGCCGAGGCUUGUUCUGCGGUUUUUCCCGUCUCCUUUUCCAGUGUUAAGGAGCCGAGAGUUACGCUUGUGGUACGGUGAAGACCUGAUGGAUUUUGCCGAAGAAGACAACCGAGGAUCAUCGUGCGUUGAUGUUUUUGCUCUUUAUGCAUGA